AUGGAAGACAACUCACGGAAUCUGAUGCUCAAGACGAGCUUCAAGUCUGUAAAGACUAUCGAAUCCAUCUACACAGGCGGCAAGGUCGACGUAACCGAAGACGAAUCGACUCUUAUUACAACUAUCAAUGAAGAUAUCGAUGUAACUGAAAUGGCUACCGGAAAGAAACUUCACCGUCUUUCAGGUGAUACUGAAAUUGUCACUACUCUGGCUGUCAAACCAGAUGGCAAACACCUCGUCAGUGCCAGUCGUAGUCUCAACAUGCGCAUCUGGGACAUGGCUACUGGAGAAUGUAUUCGUACCCUAAAGGCACACGAAGCCCCGAUCAUCGUGAUGGACAUUGAUCAAUCAUCGACAUUGGUUGCUACCGGUUCAGCCGACGCUACUGUCAAGGUUUGGGAUAUCGAUCGUGGAUUCUGCACACACAACUUCAAGGGUCACGGUGGUGUGGUCAGUGCAGUCAAAUUCCAUCACUACCAUGGAAAGUGGUACCUUGCCUCUGGUGCCGAUGAUUGUCAGGUCCGUAUUUGGGAUCUUCAGACACGCAAGUGUAUCGCUGUUUUGCAGAGCCAUGUCAGUGUCAUUCGUGGACUCUCUUUCUCAAAUGAUGGAGAGACUUUGAUUUCCGGUUCGCGUGAUAAGGUUGUAAAUGUGUGGGACUGGAAAAAGAAGGUUCUCAAGGCUACAUUCCCUAUCUACGAGACUCAGGAACUUGCAGCUGUGACCAACGAUCAAAACAUCUUGUUCUACUCUAUCAUAAACGGACUGGAGAGAGUGAAGCAAGUGGUCGGUUACAACGACGAGAUUGUGGAUAUUGCCUAUUUAGGAUCUGACGAGAAAUACUUGGCAGCCGCCACCAACAGCGAGCAGCUCCGAGUGUACAACGUAGAGACCCAGAACUGUGAUCUGGUAUAUGGUCACAAAGACAUGAUCAUUUGUAUCGACAGAUCCAACGACGGAAAUGUCCUUGUCACAGGCUCCAAAGACAAGACUGCCCGAGUGUGGAGAAUCGAUGUCGAUGCCGAACAUACGUCCCAAAAAUACGUCUGCGCUGGUGUGUGCGUAGGCCACACAGAAUCCGUGGGUGCGAUCGCAUUUGCUCGCAAAUCAACAAACUUUAUGAUCACAGGAAGUCAAGAUCGCACAAUCAAGUAUUGGAACUUGCGCGACAUUGACUUCUCAGGCCUGGCCCCUGCGUCUGGCGAUAAUGAUAAGAACAAACCUGAUGGUCAAGUAGAAGCUUCUGUUCGUUCGUUAUACACCCACCAAGCACACGAAAAAGACAUCAACUCUAUUUCAGUCGCACCAAACGACAAGGUGUUUGCGACCGGCUCGCAAGACAAGACUGCCAAGAUCUGGAAUGUCGACACAGGCGCACUUGUGGGUGUCUGCAAAGGUCACAAGCGUGGUGUCUGGUGCACCAAGUUCUCUCCUGUAGACCAAGUAUUGGCUACCAGUUCGAGUGACAAGACAGUCAAGAUCUGGAGUCUAAAAGACUUUACUUGUCUCAAGACAUUUGAAGGCCACACAAACUCGGUUUUGCGGGUUGAUUUCUUGACUGCUGGUCUUCAGCUUGUUUCCGCUGGUUCUGAUGGUCUGGUCAAGCUGUGGACGAUUAAGACAAACGAGUGUGUUGGCACCUUGGACAAUCACACUGAAAAGGUGUGGGCCCUGGCUAUCCGCAAAGACGAAAAGUUCAUUGCUUCUGGUGGUGCAGACUCUGUUGUAAACUUUUGGGAGGAUGUGACAUUGGAAGAACAAGAAGAUGAACUGAGAGAAAAGGAAGAAUUUAUUGUAAAGGAGCAAGAGUUGAAGAAUUUUAUGCACAAAAAGGAUUACUUGAAUGCCAUUCUUCUUGCCCUGUCACUCGAACAGCCUUUCCGCCUGUUGGGUAUGUUCCGUGAGGUGAUUGAGUCAAGGCCUGAGGGUGACGAGAGCAUCACCGGCUUGGCUUUGGUAGACAAGGUCUUGGGUGAUCUGACAGGCGAACCACUGGAAAAGCUGCUGCUCUAUAUCCGUGACUGGAACACCAACGCUAAACACUCAUAUGUGGCCCAGACAGUUCUUCAUGCUAUCUUGUCGUUGCAUAGCGCAGACGACCUGGUCAAGAUUGCAAAUGCCAAAGAACUGAUCGACGGUUUAUUACCUUACACAGAUCGCCACUACCAACGCAUGGACGAUUUGAUCACUCAAUCGUUCAUCAUAGAUUAUACAUUGCACGCCCAGGAAUAAAACAUAAAAAGCGUGCCAUUAUUUUUUUUUAU